AUGGAGCAAGAAAAAACUAAAAUGGAGGCGAUGUUGAGAUCCAUUUUGGAUGAAAUCUUAGAAUCCAAACUGACGGCCAUCUUGUCAUCCAUCUUGGACGCAAAGCUGAAGACUUAUGAGGAAUCGAUGAACUUCUAUAAUACAAAAUUUGAAACGAUGAAAGGAAAGAUGGAAGGCUUGGAAGAACAAGCGAAGACUUUAGCUCAAGAAAACGGGCGCCUGAGAAGUGAUUCUGCUAAAAUGAAGAAAGAGAUCAGUGAUUUACGUUCUGCCUUAGACGAACAAGCUCAAUACACGCGACGCGAUUGUCUCGAAAUUAGAGGAGUCCCUGUGACAACUGGAGAGGAUACAAACGUAAUCGUCAAGAAAAUUGGAGCGCUGAUUGAUGUCGAUAUUAAUGAUACAGAUAUUUCGAUCAGUCAUAGGAUUCCUUCUUCUAACCACGGAGCAUCAGGGUCCACAUCAUUUCGACAUCCAGCCAUAGUGGUCAAAUUUACCAAUCAAAAGAAUCGGGACCUUUUUUACAAAGCUCGAUCUAAGUGGAAAAGCUAUAAUACAAGCGACAUUGGCCUGGGGUGCAACGGUGAGAGCAAAAUGUAUAUUCAAAAAAGUCUAACGGAAGAGAAAAGAAAUUUGUUUAAGAGUUGCCUCAAAUUUCGCAAGGAUCAGAAAUAUAAGUUUAUUUGGACAUAUUAUGGAGUGAUUUAUUUGAGACAUAACGAGCACACCCCGGCGUCACGUAUCACAUCAGUUAGGGAUUUGGAAAAGCUGCAACCAAGACAAUCAGCAUCUGAAUCAACCAGUACAACAACUACUGAAGUAUUUUACCAACCAAUUUAA